AACAAAUUAAGAAAAAACUAAUCCCUUAUAAAAGCAUAAAUUGACUUUAAAUUUUUUCAUUUAUACCCAAUAAUCUACGACUGAAUUUUAAAGUUACAACCUUUCAUGGCUUCCUCUCACUUUCUUUGCAGUAACCACACUUUCCCCACUUCUCAAAAUCCCUUCAGAGCCAUCCAUUUACCUCAAUUCAGACCAAAUGGGUCAUCCAAUUUUCAUUCAAACCUUCACUUUCAAAGACCCCAAUUGGUCAAACUCAGAACCGUGGUUUCUCACUCUUCCAAAAAACAACUAGAGAUUGUGUAUGAUCCUGAUGAAAGGAUAAACAAGUUAGCUGAUGUAGUUGAUAAGGAUGCUCCUCUUUCAAGGCUUACUUUGUUCUCUCCUUGCAAGAUAAAUGUUUUCUUGAGAAUAACCAACAAGAGGGAAGAUGGGUAUCAUGAUUUGGCAUCGCUAUUUCAGGUAAUAAGUCUAGGUGACAUCCUUAAGUUCUCUCUGUCACCUUCAAAUACCAAGGAUGCCUUGUCUACCAAUGUGUCUGGUGUGCCCCUUGAUGAUAGAAAUUUGAUUAUUAAGGCGCUUAAUCUUUACAGGAAGAAGACCGGUACUGAAAAGUUCUUUUGGAUUCAUUUGGAUAAAAGGGUUCCCACUGGAGCAGGGCUUGGUGGUGGGAGUAGCAAUGCUGCAACUGCACUAUGGGCUGCAAAUCAAUUCAGUGGUUGUCUCGCCUCAGAGAAAGAACUCCAAGAAUGGUCAAGUGAGAUUGGAUCAGAUGUUCCCUUCUUUUUCUCUCAGGGAGCAGCCUAUUGCACCGGUCGAGGUGAGGUUGUUGAGAAUAUUCCGCCACCAGUAUCUUUGGAUGUUCCAAUGGUUCUCAUAAAGCCUCAACAGGCUUGUUCAACUGCAGAAGUCUACAAGCGUCUACGUUUGGACCAGACUAGUAAUAUUGACCCUUCAAUAUUGCUGGAGAGGAUCUCAAGGAAUGGUAUAUCUCAAGAUGUUUGCAUUAAUGAUUUAGAACCUCCGGCAUUUGAAGUUCUUCCUUCUCUCAAACGACUGAAACAGAGAAUUACAGCAGCGGGUCGUGGAGAAUAUGAUGCUGUCUUUAUGUCAGGAAGUGGAAGCACUAUUGUUGGAAUUGGUUCACCUGAUCCUCCACAAUUUGUUUACGAUGAUGAUGAAUACCGAGACGUAUUCUUGGCAGAUGCCUAUUUUCUCACAAGAGAGGCAAAUGAGUGGUACAAAGAACCUGCUUCAAGUCCUUCUCCAUCUCAUUUACUUGUUUCUGAAUCCGUUUAAUUUAUCAUUUUGUAUAUGAUAAUAAAAUGAUGUAAUAUUCAUCUCAUUUACUUGUUUCUGAAUCUGUUAAAUUUAUCAUUUUGUAUAUGAUAAUCAAAUGAUGUAAUAUUCACAUAGUCAAUGAAAUCUGCAAAAAAAAUUAAUCAACAAAA